AAGUUUGAUCAAUAAAAUUGAAAAAAAAAAAAUAAACAGAUUCUAGAUACUCGUUGUUUGGUUGUCAAUUUUAGAAUUGUCUACAAUAGUUGUAUUUGAACAAUGGUCCGAGUAACUCAAACGGAGGACGAAAUUAAAAUCGUAAUCGAAUUGAAUCGUUUACUUAGCAGAAAACCGGACAUAGUUUUGUUGCCGAAAUAUUUGAAAUUCAAUAAUCCUCCAAUAUUCUUUGAACGCCAUCUGACGGAUGAAAUCGAUGAAGCUGAAAGCUUUUGCAAAAUAUUCAAAAACGAAGCUCGUAUCGUGUUGAUUAAAAAAUCCAAAGGACUUUGGCCAGAAAUAUUUCAGAAACUCACCAAAGAAGAACUCACUCGCAAACGCAUUGAAAUCUCCGACAUUAUAAUCGAAAGGAAUAAAGAAAAGGACAAACAGGCAAUCGAAAGAUAUGAACAGAAAAAACGUGCUGAAAUAGACAGAGAAGUUAGGAGGGAUUCUGAAAUAAGAGAACGUGUUAAAAACUUUGAAACUCAAGAAUGCAAACAGGCAGUGAUGUUGGGUGUGAAAAAGGAAACAUUUGCAAAGCCACAGGAUGAGAAAAAAGUCGAAAGACAAAGAGUGUUAAGUGCAAAUAUUGUGAAUUCAAGGCCGAAAAUAAAGCAACCAGUGGAAUUACGUGCUACGGGAAAGAUUAGUUUUAAUUUUUCGCAAUUUACUCCGAAGACACCGAAGAGGGAAUCACAGGAUGAACAGAAUCGUCCGCAAACUGCAAACUCCAAUUAAAUGAUAAUUUUCUUAUAUUAGCAUUCAAUUACUAACAUAAUAUUUUUUAAUAAAUUUUAAAACCUUUUAUAAGUCA